UUGAGGUCAGUGAAAGAUUACCUAAUAUGCUUCCAAGAUCUUCCAGCCAGGUGGGUAUCGUUGUAGUUACAGAACGUUUGGAGAAUUUGAACAUCACAAGAGAGUUCACAAUAUCUCGCGAAAAAUUCUACAGCGCUUUAAGAUGGUUAACUAGAAAUAACCCACUUUAUAGAGAUGUACGCAUUGACGAAAAUGUCCAGAUUAGUGAACAAGACUUAAUACGACUUAGUGUGCCAGAUAUACCUGAAAACGGUGAACCUGAAAGAAUUGAAAUUCCAAAUGUAUUCAUUAGUAUUAAUGACGUUGCUAGAAUUAUUCGGGCUUCAUGGCAUCAAGGUGACCACAGCGUUUUCACUUCGGGAUUUGCCGGCGUGCAAUGUAACGGCAUGCACGCUAUUUACCCUAAAGCCAUACAGUUUCCAGCAAAAUUCAAUUAUGGUACGGCUGAAAGAAGGAUGUUGCCCUUAGUUUUGUCCAUGCAGUAGUAUAUUUGGGCUCAAAAUUGUUUGAGGAAGGACAAGCAUACGUGGCUCUAAGUCGAGUCAAGUCU